UGGUGCAAGCGUAUACCGUAGAUUAAUUGGCAAAAUUCUAUCGCUCAAAGUUACCGGUAGCUCUUUAUCUUGUCUCUGUCCAAUAAUGAUAUUCGCCCUAGGAAUUGGCAAGCUCAUUUGUUCUGUUGCGUAAAAAUAAAUCGUCAACAAACCAAUCGCCGUUCCUAUCAUUAAUGUGCGGAGUUGUUAAGUAUAAAAUACCAUUUGGUACAAACUACAAAGGAAAUAAACUGGAGCAAUUAACGCGUUACUAGUAUGUGAUUUAACUAUUGCCAUUUAUUUCAAUUGUUUAUCGUUUAACAGACACUUUGGAAGUGAUUGGGUCACUGACGCUACGCAUCUGUUUAACACCAUCGUGUCUCGUGUGACCCGGAUAUAUGUAUAAAUAUGAGGCGAAAUACGCGGCCAUUGGAAGUGCACUAGCGCAGCGACGUUAAAUGAUUUGUUUAACUAAGAUUAUAAGUUCACAGCUGAACAGAUGGAUUACAAUAUUAUACUUUUUAUGACAUGUACUUUAACUAUGUAUUAAGAGUAAGGUGCUAAACUAACUUUAACAGACAGUCCGGUAUAAACCAGACCGGACGCUUGUGUAGGUAUUUCCGGUCAACAUGGCGGACGAACACGUCUCACCCGAUCUGACUGUCGAAGAAAUCAUCUACGAACAUCCUUGUAUAGAGUGUGGGGAGAACGGGAUAAACUCCGAGGCUUCAUACUUCUGCGAGAAUUGCGGGAUACAGUACUGCCGUAUGUGCUUCAAGGAGCACGAGCGCACGGUUAAAUUCCACUCUGUUCUCGGUCCGACUCAGAAAGACGCAUGGGGCCCCGUACGCAGCUCCGAGUAUGAACGCUGCAAGCGUCACAGGGGCAAUGAUUCGGACAUGUUCUGUGGAGAUCAUUUGGAGGUGUGCUGCUCCGUAUGCGUAGCGGUUUCACACGGAUCGUGUAAGGACGUCCAGCGCUUGAACAAGGACCGCCGCAGCUCCACCAAGGCUUCCAGCUACGCGUUGCCAUGGCAGCGUCAUCGAGAUCCCAACUCCCACCCACUCAGCCGGCGACCGAGCCGUUACACGGUGGGUGCCGACCACGUGUUCACGCUGACGGACCGCCAGUGGUACAGCGCGUGGGUGAACACUGACGAGAAGGACAGCGAGAUUAGCGGAAUGUGUCAGCUUCACGACGGAACCAUAGUUAUCGUGGACAGCGAGAACUGUAAAGUGAAACAACUCGAUAAUUACAAUAACUACGCGGUUGUUGCACAUUGUUCUCUGCCCGAGCGUCCACGUGACGUCUGCGUCAUCAGCGACACGGAAAUCGCGGUAACAGUGCUGAGCUUCAACGAGGCGAACAUGGUACACCGCGACUCCAUUCAUUUUAUAACCCUAAACGAGGGAGUGAUGGUACCAGGACGGGUGAUGAACUUACCGCACGGCUGCCGAGACAUUGCCCACCAGCAGGACUUCCUGUACCUGGCCUCGAUGGACACGAUCUACAAGUAUACCCUGGAGGGGAAACUCGUAAAAAAGAUCUACCACGAUAAGAGCGGCGGGGAGGGCAGCAUCGAGCGAAUGGUUAUGAGCGGCGACGGUCACCGGCUGUACGUCUGCGACAAGGCAACCAACCAGCUGCAUACCCUGAGUAUCGAAGGCAAGUGUCUAGCCUCGUUUUCGGACCCAGACCUCACCCUCCCUACCGGCGUCUGCGUGGCUCGGAUGAGCGGUCACGUGUUUGUCUGUGGGCAGUGGUCGCACACCAUCGUGCAGGUGAGCAAGGACGGAAAGCACAAGCUCUCUACGCUGGCGUAUGAGGCGGACGGCGUGGAGUUCCCGCAGACGCUGCUCUAUGACGUACACCACACGGCGCUCGUCGUCGGCCACUGGGAGUGUGACCAUGUGCUCGUACUCAGACUUAAGUAACGAUAGCACCGGCGUCGGGAAACAUACCCGCUCAGGUCGGGACAAGAUACUCUAACAAAUAGUUUUGCCUAACGUCUUUUUACAGGCAUUUGGUGGUAAUGUUUCUUUAUGUUGGCUGCGAUUUCAGCUGCUUUAAAAUAACUGUCAAUGCUUGGCUGAAUGUCUGUGAACAGGGACACAGUUCAAUCAAAUGGAAACAUGCCAGUCUUUUCAAAUGCUGCUAUCAGAGAAUUCACUCAAAACGCAGUCACAUAUGAAUUUGAUGCCAAUUCUGCAACAUGUAUUCUUUUGAUUUUUGAAAAUGGAUGUUCUAUUCUUUUUUAAAUGUAUGGUUGUAUAUUUUUUUGCAGAGGUCGAUAGCAGGCUUCAUCCAGGGGUUCAAUAAAGAGGUUUUCUUUGCCAUAAUCCAAUACAAUGCAAUUGAUGUGAGAUUUGUUGAAAUAAAAUAUGAUGAUAAUUUGCUUACAAGGACAAGAACUUUGAAUGUGAUUGGUAAAGUGUGAUUGCAAAUAUUCGAAACAAAAUACUUAUAUUCAACCGACCGGUCUUUGACAUAAUCACAUUUGACGUCAGCGUAGCACAAUGCAGCAAUGUUUCAUUCAUUCUGGUACCCUUGAAGAUAAAAUGGGUGGAGGGGGUGGGGUCUGUGUCUCAAUUGCGUUUCCACGACUUAUUACUGUUACUGUUGCUGACCAUGAAGAUGUAAUUGCAGAACCGGAUGGGUUUCCCUUACCGGUAACUAUGUAUGGUAUGGCAUGUUCAGUUUGAAACCCCUUUUUGCAAAUGGUAUAUGUAUGCACUCUGGUUUGUUAAUACGGUUUUUACUUUUCAAAGCUUUUUUUUAAUGUGUGUAAUAAUUCUCAACUGCUUGUUCGUUACUAUCGUAUGCUAUACAAGUUGCCCAACCCCAUGGUUGUAUCACCCGAAACUCUGGCCAUCGGCUACGCCAAAACCAUUUAACCCACAAUGGUUUGCCCCGUGUUUGCUUCAGCGGAAUUGCAGCAAUGAGGACACAUUCCGUCAUGGUGAAACCGUAAUUGCAAUACAUGUAAUUCAUUUCUCAGCUUUAUUGACCCUUGUUGACUGUUUGCAGCAGACGAAAUUUGUAUUUUUGUCAAUUUGGUUCGGAACGAAAAUUAUAUGUUUUUAUAUGUAUUUUAUUACAACUCAUAAUAAAU